UGUUUCGCAAAACAACAGUCUGCCUCACCCUGCUGGACAAUUGGCUCGUGUCUUUGAAUUAUUAUUGAGAAAGAGAAUAUAGUCGCUGGUGAUGGUAAAGUGAGACCACGUUGAGUUACAACUCCCAAGUUGCCAGCCGGUCACAUGACCGUGAAUCUUGCAGUGGGUUUCAGCGUUUUGGGUGCCAUUUUCAUCUUCACAGUGUUGUGCUUCAAAGUUUUCAGGUGUGCAUAACUUACUGCAACAAACUCCAAAUCCGAAAACUUCAUCCACCAUGUCGAAAUCUGACGAGGUUGUCAACCAAGUUCCCGAAGAUGAGGGCUCUGACAUCGAGGCCGGCGGGCUCUUCGAGGACCCCCCUGACUUCUACCCUCCUUCGCCUCCCCCGACUACUGAGCACUACACCAUGAAGAAUGGCGACGACAUUACACUGCACCUUGUCGGCCACAGCCCUCUCGAGGCUCACACCCUUUGGAACGGAGCCGUCAUCAUCUCACAGUACUUUGAGGAGCACCCCGAGGAGGUCAAGGACCGGACCGUCCUUGAAAUUGGCGCCGCUGCCGGUUUGCCCAGCUUGGUGGCUGCUGUGCUUGGAGCCAAGAAGGUUGUCGUGACCGACUUCCCGGAUCCGGACAUUGUGGAGGUUAUGUGGAAGAACAUCCGUGGCUGCCCCAUGUUGGCUGUCGACCGCGAGGAGGAUCGCAACAUUGUUGCGGACGGCUACGUCUGGGGCGCCAAGCAGGCUCCAUUGCUCGCCCACUUGGGUGAACAGAAGGAGGGAGAAAUCGGGUUCGAUAUUCUGAUCUUGGCCGAUCUUCUUUUCCGUCACUCGGAGCACAGCAAGCUGGUCGACACCAUCCAGUUCACACUGAACAAGAAGCCCGGCAGCAAGGCGUUCGUUGUCUUUACCUCGUACCGCCCAUGGCUCCAGCACAAGGACUUGGCUUUCUUCGAUCUGGCCCGCGAGAGAGGCUUCAUUGUGGACAAGUUCCUCGAAGUCAAGACCGAGAAGCCUCUGUUCGAGAACGACCCUGGUGAUGAGGAGAUUCGCAAGACCGUCACUGGCUGGACUGUGCGGUGGCCGACCGAGGAGGAGAAGGCGGCGGCCAAGGCGGACGCAUGAGCUUGAUUCCCAAGCUGAGCGGAAGUCGAGAGCAUUACAAGAGCGGUGCUCGAAGAAUCGACAUCAUUUCAAAAUACGAUCUAGACAAUGAUACCCAUAUUGGCGGCCAGCCUGUCGAAAGGCAAUCCAACUUGGACCAGUUCCUUUGCCCAACGAUUUUUCGUUCCUGGUGAUUUUCGACCCACGGGCCCACGAGUCGCGUUGUACUUGC